UGAUACAUGACAUAAUUCUCUUUUAAUCCACACACAUUAUAUAAGACUUAAUUUUACCGAAUGCGGAACCCAGUAGCUCGUGACGGGGACGAAUGGAACGUCCUGGAAUUCGCUUUGCAGCUACGAUGUAGGACAUCAAGGGUCAACCUCUUACAGGCAUGGAAUAUUACUAAACCAGAUGCAAUAUCUGUAUUUAGCAGAUGGGCGCAGACGGCGCCCAUAGUUGAAGCAUUCAUUAACGCUGAGACUCUCGAUAGGAACAAUUCAGUCCAGGAUGUUUGCACCCGUGGUAUGGACAUUGGUUCCAAUGGUUUCAAGGUCAGCAUCGGCAAUAUAAAAUGCUCCACCUUACCGUUGACACGAUCAACAUUGAGGGAUGCGCAGCAAGCAGAGACCCAGAGUGGUGCUUUGGACAACCAGGGUAAAAUUCUUCCACCGAAAAAUGCAACUACUACAAAUAUGAUGUAUGGAGAUAAACGUAUAUAUGAGUACUUCGUUUGCGAUGUUGCACUGGGAAAAUCUAUAUCAGUGGCGGACGAGGUGGAGGCGCAGCGAGUGAGGCUGUCUAUGCCAGUGGAGUAUGACAGUGUUUAUAUAGAGAGUAGCGAGAACAACAAUUUCCUUGAUGUCACACUGGUCCCUCGUGGUAGUGAUGACACUCUAUCGGUGGAACACCUACAAGACGAUGUAUUUCCGCAGGGUGUACUCCCUCAGUAUGCAUUCCGCAAGGACUACAUUGUUUACGGUGCAUCGCAGAUAUUACCUAAGUACCUUAUACAAUUCGAAUGUGAUCCAUCUGCUGAGGAGACGUUUGCUCUUCCACUUUGCGAUAGUUGCCAGAAUGAUGCUGCAACUCUAUACUGCGCUUCUGACACUGCGAAGAUAUGUAAAAAGUGCGAUGAGAAGCUACACUCACACAAGGUAGUUUCCAGACACAUUAGGGUACCUCUUAAUAAGAUGCCACGGCCAGUUGCCAAAUGCAGGCUUCACCCAUCCAAGGUUUACACCAUGUACUGUACUGUAUGCCAUCUACCAGUAUGCCAAUUGUGCACAUCGGGGCAUAUCCACGGCCAGGGAUCGCAGGGCAGUGGAUCUACCAGGUUUAUACCCAUCGCAAAUGCAUAUGACUCGGCUAUAUACGAGAUGCAACAGCAUUCUAGUGAAACUGUAACCCGUCGCAAAGAGUAUCUCAACAAGCUGUUAGAGCAGUUAAAAUCAAUAGAAAAAACAGUAGAAGACAACUGUGAGCGUGUGGAGGUCAGCUGCUAUGAGAAUCUGGAGGCUUCGUUAAAUGAUCUGCAUACAUCAAUACAGAGUUCAGUAGAGAUCAUAGUGGCAGAACAGACUGAAAACCAACGUCAUCUCAACCAGCUAAAGUGGGCUGAGCAUUUUGCCGCUUACUUGAAAAACACGUUGCUCCCAGCAGAUUAUCUUAGAGCAUGGUUGCGUCAUUGCAGAUUCCGUGCUGAAGUUAGUAGUACUGCUUGUAAGGAGCCCUUGCAAGAGGUCUUCCCAAAUAUUGAUUUGAAAGGGGAGCUUUCAAUCAUGCAUGAGCAGUCUGUGGACCAUGCUUAUCAUUAGUAAUCGGAAUGGACCUAUCCGGCAUGAAUUCUUUAAUGUAAACUAAUGUCUCAUUUGUAU